UAAGCCUAUGGAAGCAGCUGACCAGGCGCGAAACGCGGGUGAGACACAGCCUGGUGGUGCGGAUGAUUCUACUGAUCGUGCUGCUGCUGCUGGUGAUGCUGGUGAUGCUGGUGAUGCUGGUGGUGCUGGUGGUGGUGGUGGUGUAGUGGCGGCUGCUGCCGCCCUUCAUGCAGCGGCUGAUUCCGAUUCCAUACACACACAUAUACACUCACAUGGUGACGUUGGCAGCGGUAGUGAUGCGGCUACUCAUUCAGAGUCGCCGGUGUCCGUGUCUCCAUCUCCCUCCCUCUCCCCUCUUCCGUCCCCAACUCCAUCAACAACUCCGUUAGCAUCACUGUCUGCAACACCAUCAGCAUCGAAAUCAGCAUCACCAUCACGAUCACCAUCACGUUCCCCGUCAGUGUCUGCCUCUAGGUCCCCCUCACCACCUCGCAUUCCCCCCAAAACAAAGGUGAAAAGAGCGACGAGUAAAGACGCAGCAGCAAAAGCAGCAGCUGCGAGAGGAGAGGAAGGAGAAGUAGGAGCCGCGGCAGCAGCAGGAGUAAAAACAGCAGAAGCGGGGGAGGCAGCAGAGCAAACAGCAGAGCCCGAGCCCACAGAAGCACCAGCACCAGCACGAGCACGAGCACCAGCACGAGGCACAGGGUCAUCCAUCCUCUCGCCCAAGCCCAGGGCCCCACUGUUCUGCUUGGAUGGGUUCGAAGCAGGAGACGUGGUGUGGGCAAAAUCCGGGCGGAAAAAAGACCCCUGGUGGCCUGCCCGUGUGGUGGAUCCCAUUUACGAAGCCCCUGCUGCUGUUAGGAGCGCAGCAGAAGCGGACCGCCUCUGCGUCAUGUUCUUCGGCCCGUCGCUUAGCAAAAAGCGGGAUCGGGAUUACUCGUGGGUGCCUGAGGGCAGCAUUCUGCCGUUUCUGGACUUCUUGGUUAAGUAUGAGAGCCAGCCGCUGACUACUCGGAACCGGCCCAAGGAUUUCAGGAAGGCGGUGGAAGAGGCAGUGCUAGAGAGUGAAGGGAUGAGCAGGCACAGCGGCGGUAGGGCUGUUGUUGCGAGCCGUGAUGAUGGUGCUGCGGAGAGUGCCGGAGACAGUGCCGGUGCCUGUGCUGCUGUUGCUGCUGGUGUUGGGGCUGGUCGGGCUGGGGCUGGUCGUGCUGGGGCUGGUCGUGCUGGUGCUGCCACAGAAAGCACAGCAGGCAGCAGCUACACCCAACGUCUAGUGGACGAGCUGCUAGACUCCGUGCCCCUCUGCAUUCAGUGCCGGAAGCUCUUCCAAUCGACGCAGUUCUGCCCGCUGUGUCUGCUCGUGUGGCUGCCGAACGAGAAGGGUGAUUUCGCCCACUGCGACCGGUGCGAGCUGUGGGUGCAUGCUGAGUGUGACGGGAUCUCGAGGCAGCGGUUGGAUGCGAUUAACAGGGGUGCGGCGUAUUUGUGCCCCAACUGCCGGCAGACGAAGGAGGUGGAGGAGAGGGAGAAGAGGGAGAGGAAGGAGAGGAGGGAGAAGAAGAAGGAGGAGAAGGAGGAGAGGGAGGAGAAGGACAGGGAAGAGAGGGAGGAGAGGGCUAGGAAGGCAGCACAGGCUGCUGCUGCCGCUGCUGCUGCUACUGCUGCUCGGAUGAAGGAGGAGGGGAGGAAUGUAGAGAGAGUUUCAGAGGGGUGGUCUGGUAUGGAGGUGAUAACAGGCAAGGGGUUUGGUUUGGCUGGUGCUCUCCUGGGGAUAGGUGAGGCGAAGCUGGAGUGCCUGCAUGGGGAUCGCCUGAUCAGCCAUGGGAAUGGGCAUGGGCAUGGGCAUGGGCAUGGGCAUGGGGAUGGGGAUGGGCAUGGGGAUGGGGAUGGGAAUGAGAAUAGAGUGAAGGAAGAAUGGGUUGAAAAAACAGCGGUGAGAGAAGUAGGUGUGGGUGGGAAUGGAUACAUGAGCAAUGGUGAUGGCGAUGGCGAUGAUGGUGAUGGUGAUGGUGAUGGUGAUGGCGAUUUCAAGGCACGCCAGGAGAGGAGGCAUGUGGUAGCAACAGAAAAAACACCUGACACAGCUGACUCACUGCCAGACUUCUCACCUGAGAAUUCACCUGACACUCCAUCCUCCUCACCUGAGGCAGAGGCAGAAGGCGACAACAAGAUAGCAGCAGCGCCACCCAUCCCUGCAGCCCACCCGCCAAUGCCCGUCACCUGCGCCUCUUACAAAGGCCUCUACCUCCCCUCCCUGCACCUCGUGCAGUGCUGCUGCCGCUCCUGCCGGCCCAAAACCAAGGACAGUAGCAGCAAGGGCGGCAGCAGCAAGGACGGAAGCAGCAAGGGCGGCUGCAGCAAGAGUAGCAGCGCUAGCAGUGGUGGUGCUGGUGGGGUGGCGGCAGCAGCGGCAGAGGCGUCACUGAUGGCUCUGAGCGAGUUUGAGAAGCACUCUCAGUGCCGCUCCAAGAAGUGGAAGGCGUCGGUGCUGCUGCAGGGCACGGAGAAGAAAACCACCCUCUUCGCCUGGCUCCAGGCGUCCCAAGAGGCGGGCGUGAGGGGCCUUGCAUUCUACGAGGAGCCUCCCCCUCGCAGCCGCCCAGGGAAUCGCCAGCAGGGAAUCAUAUCCACACUGCGCGGAGCGGGCGGCAUGGCAGCCGCAGCAGCAGGAGGGGCGGGCGGCAGCGUGGCCUGGUUGGAAAAGGCUCUAAGUGAACCGUAUGAGGGGGUGGAGUACCGGUGGACGUCGGAGCGGUGUGCGGUGUGCAAUAGCGACGAGGACUCGGAUGCGAGUAGAAUGCUGAUCUGCAUGCGGUGUGAGCUGGGUGUGCAUGAGGAGUGCUAUGGGAUAGUGAGGCAGCCGGGAUCGCCAGGCAGAGGGGGUGGAGGGGGUGGUGGGGGUGGUGGUGGUGGUGGUGGUGGUGGUGGGGUUGGUGGUGGUAGUGGCGGGCGGUCAGUGCCGACUGAUGCUGCUGCCUUUGGCAUGUCGUGGCUGUGCCAACGCUGCGACCGCAGCAGCACUGCCGUUGGUACAGCCACAGACACGGACACUCAUACAGGCGCAGGCACAGGCAAAGGUACAGGGAAAGACAAAGGCAAGGGCAAGCGCAUGGGUAAAGCCUCGGACCCCAUGGCACAAGCGUGCUGCAUCUGCCGGCAGCCCUAUGGGGCGUGCAUUCAGUGCGACGGGCCGCGCUGCCUCGUCGCGUAUCACGUGGUGUGCGCCAUGAAGGCGGGUUGGAUCAUGGACGUCCUGCCCAACGAUGAAGGGGAGCUGCUGCGAUGCACCUUCUGCCCCAAGCACAGCAGGGAUCCGAAUCCUGAGCUCGAAGUGAUUGGUCCAGCUGCCCUGGCAGCUGGCAAGCGGCUUGUUGAGCGCGGGGGGCGUCUGAGGAAACGGACUGGAAUCACGGGAUUCGCUGCCAUAGGAGCUGGCACGAUUAAGAGUGAUGUGGUUAAGAAUGAAAGGGAGAGGGAUAGGGAGGGCGGGGAGGGGCAUGAGAGGGGGAGGGAUAGGGAGGGGAGGGGGGAUGCGGAGAGGGGGAAGGGGAAAGGGACGAGAGAAAGGGAGAUAGAGGAGGAUGAAGGGGAGGAGGAGGAGAGGGAGGGGAAGGGGCGCAAGCGGCGGAAGGAGGGUGAGAGGAAGGGAGGGAGGGGUGGUGGUGGUGGUGGUGGUGGUGGCGGUGGUGGUGGCGGUGGUGGUGGUGGUGGUGGCAAGAGUGGUGCUGAUUCAAACGCGAGCAGUGACGUGGUUCUCAUGGAUGUGGAUGGGUAUGUGGAUGAGCGUGAGGGUGAGGGUGAUGGGGAGGUGAGAGGGGAGGUGAGAGGGGAGGUGAGAGGGGAGGAGGAGGAUGAAGAGACGAGAAGGGACGAGCUUGGGGGAACCACCGAGGCGACGCAGGGAGGGAGGAAGAGAGGCCAACGGGAGAGUAGAAAGGGGGCUGAUGGUGCUGAUGGUGCUGAUGGUGCUGAUGGUGCUGAUGGUGAUGAUGUUGCUGGUAAAGAUGGCAAGGGUGAUGCUCAUGAUGCUCAUGAUUUGUGUGGUGCUGAUGCUGAUGGUGGGGAUGGUGAUGGUCAGGGGCGCAAGGAGAUAGUGCCGUACCUGAUUGGGGGCGUGUGCUGGCACGACAGGGAGUCGAUCAUGGAGUUAAGGCACCCAGAGGAGCCGCCCCCAGCCACAUCCCGUGCAGAGCGAAUGAAAGUUGUGCGGGACACGGCGUGGCAGAGAGUCACCUUUGGGCGGUCGGCCAUUCACGACUGGGGGCUGGUGGCGCGGCGAGACAUUGAGGAGGGCGACAUGGUGGUGGACUAUCGAGGGGAGGCGUUGAGGAGGAGUGUGGCGGAGCUGAGGGAGAAGAGAUACCUCGACAGAGGGGAGCUGUGCUAUCUGUUCAAGGUGGACGAGGAGAGGGUGGUGGAUGCCACGAUGGCCAGCAACUACGCGAGAAUGAUGAACCACUCUUGCAACCCCAACUGCUUUGCCAAAAUCUUCGACAUAGAGGACAAGAAUGGUAACCCGAGUCCGAUCAUCGUCAUCAUUGCUCGCCGCCCCAUUCGCAUGGGAGAGGAGCUAACGUACGACUACCGGUUUGACCGCGAGGAAAAGGACCGAGUUCCGUGCCGCUGCGGUGCCGCCACGUGCCGGUCCUUCAUGAACUGAUGCUUGCCGCGUGCCACGUGCUCUGAAGCUGCGAGAUGCUUCUUUUCGGGCCGCCUCAACCGAGUGCGGUGCUCCUGCGGUGCUGCCACGUGCCGGUCCUUCAUGAACUGAUCUUUGCCACGUGAACCGAAGCUGCGAGAUGCUUCUUUUCGGGUCGCCUCAAACGGGGUGCGGUGCUGCUGUGGUGCUGCUGCGGUGCUGCUGCGGUGCUGCUGCGGUGCUGCCAUGUGCCGAUCCUUCAUGAAUUGAUGCAUGCUCUGCUAACUGAUGCUGCUUUGAGGCACCCUCACUCACAAAAAGUGCUGUGCUGGCUGCUGACAGAUGGUUGCUGCUGCUGGAUGCCUGAUGCCAGAUGGCUGACACUAACAGGUGGAUGCUCAACGCACACUGACUGAAACACAGACUCAUUCUGAGACUGACGCAGCAGCUGACACACACGCUGACACACAGACUGAUCCUUAACACUGACAAGACUCGUGUGCUAAUACAUAGACUGACACAAACAUUGACUCAUGCGAGACAAUCCUGACUACACGCAUAUACUGUAGGUGCCUAAUACGGGCUUUUACGCCGACGGGUUUGAUAUGCAAGCUAUGGGUGAUUGUAAUGCUGAUUUGAUAGUUUCCACACUUGUAGGUGCUUUGAUGGAUGAAUGGA